AUGCCAGUAUUUGUAGCAGCAAGGGGCGAUCUAUCACGCGGGUUUUUAGUCUUCCAUUUAACGUGGUCAAGCACGCUUCGGUAUCGAAAAAAAAAUUGUGUGAAGGUGAGACAAGGUACUUGGAACCUUUAUCUUAAUUGAAAACGAAAAGAAAUUAUGUUCAUGGAGUGCGCUCAUGUUCUCGUUUGUUGCAAUUAUUAAUGGAAUGUCGUCGCAAGGAGAUAACGUGACGGCUCGUCACUAAGUACUUAUUAUCGUGUACACUUAAAUUAAAGAGAAAUUAAGAAAUCCAUGAGUUAAAAUGGAAAGAAAAGGCUUCGGUCUUUCGCGUAUCUUCAUCUGCUGUUCCAAUGUCAUAUUUUUGAUAUCGGGUUUCGCGUUGAUGUCAUUAGGUGCGCUGUUAUUAGCCGAUGACGAGCGCAUCCUAAUGUCACGUUUAUUGGGGCCAGGAGACAUGCAUCCCGAUCAACCAUUAUUUUAUUACCUGGCGUUCGCAGUCGUUGGACUCGGAUUUCUCAUCACGCUCACUGGCCUGCUCGGAUGCUGGGCUACUUGUCUCUACAAUCGAUGUGUCACUGUUUCAUAUCUGAUCGCGAUAAUCCUCCUGCUGUUCGGAGAGUGCACCGUAUGCGUUCUAGUGGUGUUUUGGCCUCACGUUCUGGGCAUCGAUGUGAGACCAGCACGAUUGGUACGAGCUUUGCAGCGUAGUUACGCUGUUCCUGGUCGAGAGCAAUUCACGGCAGCUCUUGAUCUUGCGCAAACAACGUUUGGUUGCUGCGGCAUAAACGGAAGCAGCAAUUACGGAACCUCGUGGUGGCGGCUGCAGGAAGUCGGCCGACGAGAAUUGGUGGUGCCUCUCAGUUGCUGUGCCCUGAACAACGCGAACCAGACCGACUCGUUCCUUAACCCUGAACCUGCCAAUCUCACUCUCUGCCAGACUUUGAAUCCCGCCGAACAUCAAUACGCCCGACACACCGCGGGCUGUCUAGAAAUGCUCGAGAAAUGGACUCAGGAACAAGCACUGAUACUACUGACGGUUGGAUUAACAGUGAUUUUCGUGGAAGUGGGCGCGCUUCUGAGCACGUUCUUUGCCUGUUCGCGAACCAAUAAAAGGGCAAAAUCUCAAACGUCGACUUUUACGUCUACACAAACGCUCAGUCCCUUCAGCGAAAGUGAUCACGAUUUUGAGGGCAGUGAGGGUAAAUUGUCACUGGAUGUAAAGAACACAAAAUCUACAAACAAUUUGUCUGGACUUAACGACGUAAGAAGAUUCAGGAGAAGUAUAAUCGAGGAAUGGAAAAAUCCUCCAAGACUUGACGAGAAUGUUUUGCGAAGUGAUCAAUUAUACGAGGAACGCGCAGUGGACGUGGGACUAGAUUAUUUUCACUAUAAUCAAGCAAAAGAAGUAAGAAAUCAUGCCAAAGAAGAUGCAAUUAAAUAUAAUAGUAGUGGCACGGUCAGGAGUAUACCCAUUAAAAAUUAUCAGGCCUCCAUAGCACAUAACUUCGGUACACUGAGACGUUCCGAAGCGCCCCAAUUGCAAUUCGAAUCCUCUAUCUCCGAGCCUGAGAGAAAUCUUCAUGCAACAAAACGUAAACCUUCUUCAUCUCAAAUUCGAACUUCAAAACGUUCGGAGACGUUGAAUCCAGCCAGAAGAUCUUGUCACUCUUGCGAUUAUCAGCACGAGAUUCAAAACGAUCGUCAACAAAUUAAUUCGAAAUUAAAAACUCUCGACAGGAGAAUAGUUAGAAGUGAUUAUAACAUUUCCAAGCACAAGAAGGAUGAAGACUUUAGCGACUGCGACGAUCAUUUUCAUAAAUCUUCUUAUAAGAAAUUAGAUGUUAGAAGAGGUAAGAAGAAUAGAGAAGAAGAAAAGAAUAAUUCGAAGCGUUUGAAAGGUGAUUCAGUUAAAAGCAAAUAUGGAACCAUCGCACUCGAACGUGGACACGUUGGACAGAAAAUAUUCGCGUACGAAGAAAACGCCAGGCGUAGCAGUCGCAAUUGGGAUUCUCCCGGAAAGUAUCAAAUAGUUCCCGAAAUAAAAAAGCAUAGAGCAAUUGGUGUGCCAUUGGUAGGCAUGCAUAACGCGUGUGGUUUGCCUGUGGUCGCUUCCUGGCACGAUCAUGAAUUGUUGGAGCCUUUGAAAAUCGAUGGCAAAAUUUUGGGAACGUUGAGACCAAUUUUUAAGGGACAACGAGCUUCGAUUGAUUUCUGUAGAACUCAUUCGAAAAGAAAAAUGAAAUCAAGAAUUGCUAAAAGAUCUUAUUCGUCAGAUUUAAAGAAAUCGGAUAAGAAAAUUGAUUAUCCGUCUAUUAAAUCGUUGGUUUCUCUGGAAAGCGAUGGUAAGAGGAGAAGGAGACGUCCUUCGUUCAAGGCGAAAAACUCUGGUGCGUUGAAAAAUUCUGUGAGGCGAAGGAGAUUCGAAAGAAGAGAUAAAGAAAAUUGUAACAACGGUAGCAGUCGUUGGAGAACGAUCGAUGUGGGAAACACUAAGAGGCAAACUUUGUAUGCAAGAGACGAUGGGGAUGACGCUGUGCAGGUUUUGAAGAAUUUAUGCUUGAAUCCUUUGGCUCGAACCAAAUCCGAAACUGAUAUGAUAUGGUAGAAGGAAUUAAGCAAAUUAAUUAGUAAAUAUAAUUCCUGACUGAACAAUUAAUUUUUCUAUAAAGCAGUCCAUUGAUCACAUUUAGAAUGUUACUUUAAUUAUUCCAUUGAUUUUAUAAUUGCUCAUUAUAAAAGAAGAAUUUUAUGCGUAAAAAAAGUUUCAGUCAAGUCCUUCUGGAAAUUCUCGUAUUACCGUGUAAUACAAUGUUCAUUAAAAUUAUUUUAACUUUCGUUCUAUAUGAUAUUAACUCACUGUCUGUAAUCACAUUUGUUCUAAUGAUUUGUACUAACUGCAUACUGGGUCGUUUAAAUUCAUGCCUGUCCUUUUCAGAUUUAAGAAAAAUCACCAAAAUAUUCUUCAAUAAUGAAGUUCCGAAAAUGUCAUUCAAUAGUUUUUAUUGCUAAACAAAUGAUUGUUAAACAAAUAAACAUUUAAACGAACAUGGAAAACAGUCUGACUCAAAAACGGCUGAAUAUGCAGACGGAGGGUUGAGUAAAAUUCAUUAAAAUAUUAUUUUUAAUUUUGUAACGUAUAGGUACGUACUCAUUAUAUGCUUUGUAAAUAUGCUGAAGUAUUCUGUACUCUUGAAUCUUAUAAUGAAGCUAAAACCCUUGCUACCCUCGUUAAAAGUAGUUCUUUACCUAUAUACAUAUAGCUAUCUGCUGCUAUCGAUAGGAAAAAUUAAAUUUUAUAUCUAUUCAUAUGCGUAGUGGUCGAUUAAAAUAUGGCUAAAUUGCGCAAGAUAAACGGAAGUAUACUUUGAAUUGAAUAAAAAAUUCUUUAUCUUUAAUUUAAUUUAUUUCAUUUCCUAUCAUAAUGAUCUAAAAAUCUAAGCGAAGCUCUCGAGUGCGAGAUUAUAGAUGGUGUUCAGAAUUGCUAACCGUAAUUUUUUAUGAUGAUAAUAAAAUCACGACCGGGAAAGCAAUUUUCUACAGAAAGUGGACUUGCUAUAAUUGCAAAUAUUUAUAUCUGCAAAAGCAAUCUGAAACAGCUUUUGAUUUUUGUCAACUCUAGCUGAGCGUCACGAUCCGAGCCAUCCUACCCGUGACUUGGUGCGGACUCUACAUGCGCUCUUAUUGGUCAGUGUUUCUUGUUAAUAAUUUAAAAACCAUGCCUCACUUUGCAUUUUGACAAAGGAAAUUGUUGUUCAGAACACUUACAGAAUCACUCACCUGUCUUUACUCACUUAAAGUCUAACACUUCUUCUGGGACACCCUGUAUGGUCGAAGAUGACAACCAAAACCGUCCUCGUCACAUCUGCCGUUUGCUCGUAAACUGGCUGUACUUCGUAACUGUCAAUUGUUGGUUUAUUUUAUUUGAAUAAUUAUUAUUAAUAAAAUGUCUAAAGUGAAGAACAGUAAAAGAUUCUAUUGGAAAGGAAAGUUAGUGAGUGAAAAAAUAUAUAAUCAACGAUUAGUUCAGCAACAAAGUGGUCGUAAUUCAGCUGUAAGAAGGUUAACUCCGAAACAGACAGAGACAGCAAGGAAUCUUCAGUACGAUGAAUUUGAACCUCCAAAACAGACAGAGACAGCAAGUAAUCUUCAGUACGAUGAAUUUAAACCUCCAAAACUGACAGAGACAGCAAGUAAUUUUCAGUACGAUGAAUUUGAACCCCCAAAACCAGCAGAAGGUCGACGUAUUGUCGAAUUACUUGUUCUGGGAAAUCAACUGUGGUGCACAAAUUGCAAAGAAUGUUUAUCAUUGUCAAAUAUCGAACGAGAACAACGUCGAGGGCUUGGCUCCAUUUUAUCAGUUCGCUGUCAUAAAUGUUCAUUGAUAAAUAUAAUGAGCACUGGUCAACAGCAUAGCACGCCUGAAAAUCCUCAUCGGAUGACUCGAUUUGAUGUAAAUACUAAGCUUGUGAUAGGCAUGAUACACAGUGGGAUUGGAUACACUAAUUUAAAUAAACUAUUAACAUGUUUGAACAUACCAGAAAUAGAUUUUAAGACAUACAAGAGAUAUCAAGAAGAAGCUGGAAAAGCCAUAGUAAGUCUUGCCAAGCAGAGUUGUGAAGAAGCAACUGAAUUGGAGCGAAAGUUUACUCUGGAGAAUCUUCCAGCUCUUAGAGAAGAUUUGUAAUUGUAUAUUAUUAUAAAUUUUUCAUGACUUCAAUUAUUCAUUUUUACAAUAAAUUAGAUUCGAAACAGAACAAAUUGAUUUCAAUAGAAGUCCAUUCAUUCAAUGUUAUGUUUUCGGUUUCCGAUUUAGAAGUUUCAUGAUCAGUCAACAAAAAUACUGAUUAAUAAAUGAAUGAAAACGAA